UGGCUGGCAUAUAGCUGAUACAAUGACUUGCUGUAGGCUGGCUACUACUAGCAGCGACUUUAUACUAGCGAACUGGCGAACGAAACACUUGGGUAUCUGGCAAAGGCAAGCAAGCAAAACCAAAAACCGAAGGCAAACUCCACUGAACUGAACUGAAUAAAAUCUAAAGUGUACAAGCAAGGUAAUACUACGAGGCAGCCAUAGCCAGUGGAAGCGUAGAAGAAAAAUUAAUUUUUAGUGCGUGAAUUAAAAACGAAUUUUCAGCAUUUUUUGCCAUUGUUGAAAAUUAUACAAUAUUAGCUGAGCUAAUAAAGCGGUUUGGAAAAAUCACAUAUUCAAAUUUAAUAUCAAUUUAAAUCAAUCCCAAAAAAUAUCAAAUAUGGCCGGUGAACGUCCAAAGCGUCCUCUGUCUGCUUACAUGCUGUGGCUCAAUGAGAAUCGUGAACAGAUCAAGAAAGACAAUCCCGGCAGUAAAGUCACAGACAUCGCCAAGCGUGGUGGCGAAUUAUGGCGUGCAAUGAAGGACAAAUCUGAAUGGGAACAAAAGGCCAUUAAAAUGAAGGAAGAGUACAACAAGGCCGUCAAAGAAUACGAGGCCAAUGGUGGUACAGACACUGGCGCUGCCAAGAAGCGGAAAGGCAAGCCCGCCGCGAAGCCUAUUAAGAAGACAAAGAAGAAAGAUACAUCCGACGAGGAAGAAGAAGAGGAGAGUGACUAAGCAAUGGACCGUUAAGUGAUUAGCGCGCGAGGUGGGGUGACGAAAACUUAACCAAUAAGUUUUAAAUAUUUUAUUAAAGUAAUUUUAAGUGGCAUAUACAAAAUGUAUGUAUAUUUACGGAUGACACUGAUGCGAAACUUUAUAUAUACAUACAUGCAAAUGUAUGCACUCUACAAAACAAAACAAAACAAAUCAAUACAAACAAAAAACAAUUAUUACUUAAAAUAAAAUAGCCGUAAAAAGUAAAUAAAUAAUAUAAAAUUUCCAGUUUUAAAACGUUACAAAUACUACCACAUAAGAGGAAAACAAAUAGAAAAACAUUUUUUUUCAAAAUGUGUUCCUUUCAAGCAGAAUUAAUUUUCUUAUGUUCGUUUAUAAAUUUUCCUAAGUAUGAUUUCCUAUACUUUUAGAAUGGUAUUUUUUAUCUUAUAUUGUAAAAUAUAAAUUAAUUAUGUAUUGGAUAUUCAUGCGAUUUUUCUUGCAUGUGUAUAGUGAAAGUUGACAUGUUUAUAUUUGAAAAAUAUAAAUUUCCUUCUACCCUGCUAAGUACUAUUUUCUCCCUUUCUCCUUUCUUUAAACUUUUAUAAUCUAGUUAUAUUUAAAACAAAAAUCCUACUUUAUUUUUCUUCUCACCGCAUUUUAUUGUAAGUUCGUUUUUAGUUAUGUUUUGUAAAUUUACUUGAUGUAAUGCGAAACUGAUAGAACCAGUAAUAAAAUAAAAACAAAAAAAAAAAUAAAAAAAAUUAAUAAAAAUAUAAUUGAAAAUAUUUAACCAAUUGUGUAUUUACAUAAAAGAACGGAAAGAAAAAAUUCAGGCAACAUAUACAUUAAAAAAAUUUAGUGUAUUUGUACAUGUGAAAGGGGAAAUGCUGCAAAAAAUGCAAACAAAAAACAAACUAUACAUACAAAUUGCAACAAAAAAUGAACAUUUAAGGUGUAGGCAAGUUUUUAGUAAAAGCAAACA